CUCACAGCCGGCGCAGUGACAGUUCUGUCCCCGUCUUCCCUAGCCUGACACUGUCCCCUUGUUGUCCCUGUCUCAGAUGUGCCAAGUGCAGCUGAAGCCACUGUGGGUGUGAGGAAGGCAGUGCAGCACCAUGGCUGCAGCACAGGGGGUUCUCGUCCACCCCAUCACCAUGGGACUUUUCCUGAAGAGCCUCUUCCUCCUCCUCCUCCUUCUCCUCCUGGGCUCCUACCUCCACCCAGCCGCUGCCUUCCCCAAGGGCUGUUACCCCUCAGAAGAGGAGGGGCUGAAGACCUUUCGCUGCAGCAACGCUCAGCUGACCGAGGUCCCCAGAGAUAUCCCCAAUGACACCAACAAGCUCUACCUGGAUUUCAACCAAAUCCCCUUCCUGCCUCGCGACGCCUUCCGGGACCUGCCACUCCUGCAGGAGCUGGAUCUGUCCCACAAUGCCAUCACCAGAAUUGAAAGUGGGGCUUUCCAGGGCCUGGCAGAGCACUUGCUCUCUCUGGACUUGUCUUCCAACAGGCUGGUGUCGGUCAGCAAAGAGACCUUUAACAACCUGAAAGCCAAGGUGAACCUGUCCAACAACCCAUGGCUGUGUGACUGUCGGCUGCAGGAGCUGAUCCGUGCAGUGGAGCUGGCAGCUGACUCCUCAGGGGGUAUCGUGUGCGACUCCUCCACGCAGGAGGAGCACGUGGGCAAAGCUUUCCUGCAGGUCAUUGCCGACACGGACUUCUGCAAUGUGUACAAGAAGACCACGGACAUCGCCAUGCUGGUCACCAUGUUCGGCUGGUUCGCCAUGGUGAUUUCCUACCUGGUCUACUACGUACGGCAGAACCAGGAGGACGCCCGGCGGCACCUGGAAUAUCUCAAGUCACUGCCCAGCAAGCAGCGGCGAUCGGAGGAGUCGUCCACCAUCAGCACUGUGGUGUGAGCACCAGCGUCCUGCAGGACAUGGGGACGUGUGGAGAUGGGGACAGGCCACUCCAGGGGCUCGCCACGGCUGCAGGGGCUGUCACCAGCCACCGGCAUUGCACAGAGGCACUCAUGGAUUUGUUCUGUUCUCCUCCUGGCAGCAGCACCCGCAGCUGAUGAGCCCCUGGCUUCGGUGGCUGAGGUCAGGGAUGGAUAUGAGCCAUGAGCAUCCUCCCAAGUUAUGAAGGACUGGAGCGACCCGGAGCAUCCCCCUGGCAUGCGGCCAUUGCUCCGACUGACCUGGACAGUUGGAUUUUGUCAAAACAUUUUUCUAUUUCCUUUGCAGAGAUCCCUUGGGGCAUUAAUGGAAUCAGUGUUUUCAUCUCUCCCCAUCUCCCCCUUGGCUUCCCAAGGGAUGAUCUGGCAGCCAGGGCCUGGGUCCCUGCAGGGAGGGCAGUAGACAGGAGCAGUAUAGGUGCAUGGCCAGUGCCCUGACAGGCUACUGGCACUGGAGGGUCACGGGCUGUGACUGAAGCCAGUGGGACCAGGAGGUGGGCCAGGAGGUGGGGACACACUGGGACACACAAACUGCCCCAUCUUCCAUUUCAUCUCCCUGCCCCUUUCCUGGCAUUCUCAGGCCAGGUGGGGCAAGGGUUAUAGGGGCCCCCAUUCAGACAUGGGGGUCACCGAUGGGCAAACCCAGGGCCUUUCUCCUCAGAGUGUGGGGAACGAGAACCAAACGGGGAAUGAGCUCCCUGGGGCAGAGCCCUUUGGGGCUGCCAAGGGAUGUGGGUACUGAUGGAGGGGCAGCUGGGGUCCUAGCAGUGGGUCCAGCCCUGCUGGGAUGUUGGGGGAGCGGGUUUCCCCUCGGUGCUCUUGGGGACCACGUGGGAGGGUGUUUGCAGCACCCUUGGCCAUCUGCUCAUGCCAGAGGGGAGCUCCCAUCUCACAAGCUGCUGACUGGUCACUGUGAUGGGAAGCAGGAUGGAGGGAGUUGCCACGGCUCCUCCAUCCUCUCCCCACUCCUGCACUGCUGUCAGGAGCCUGAAUCUCCCCUAAAAUAUCCCAAAGUCCCUUCUUGACACUUCCAGUAUUGGGCUGCAGGUUGCUGGUGGCAGUGGUGGAGGUGAGCACAGGGCUGGCACAGGCAGGGGUCAAUGCCCACUGUUGGGCAUGCAGGGUCCAAGUAGCAACUCAGAGCGAAGCCAGAGCAGCCCCAGACUCAUCCACCUGUCUGUCUGGCCUCUGGGACAUCUGGUUUUGCUGGUUUUGGCCUUUUUUUAAACCAACCAAUGCUAAAUUGCCUUAACUCACCAAGAGCACCAACCAAAGCUGCUGGAACCUCCUCUGUACGGGGCCAGACCUGCCUUGUUGCCGUGCCCAGCCUCAGUCCCUGGUGUGGGCAGCACGUUUCAGCACAGGCAGGGCUCCGUCCCCGGCCGCUGUCUGUGCCCUCGUGUCCCGGCGCCGGUGGGAGCCGUGGGACUGAGUCGGCCAGGAGCGGGGCCCACUCCCUUCCACAAGUGCCUGAUUCCAGCACAGAGCAGGAGCUCUGCAACGCACAAACACCUCAGCCCCAGCUCCCAUCCGGGCGUCCCCGCAGCCCCACGGCAGCUCCUUCCCCCUCUAAAAGCGGCUGAGGAGAAAAGGGGCUGGGGGGACCCGACUGAACCCCCCCAAGCUGCUCCCCCCAGGCCACCGCUUGUGCCUGCAGCAUGGGGGAUGCUGGGACCACCCGACCCAUCCGUGUUUGGGUUAAGGGACAUUUUAGUUCUUACUUUAUACGACAAUAAAGUUGGCUUUUACUUCGGA